AUGCUUCUACCCUGUAUCUACUGGUUCACAGAGCUCAUCUCAGGUGGUUCAGCUGACUCAUGGCCUUGUUUGGUCAUGGUUAUCUCCCCUUCUCAUGGAUAUUCAGCUCUCUGGGUGUUACAGCUGUUUGUUCUCAAAAUAAUCAACUGUUUCUGGUUUCAGGACAUAGCAGAUGCUGCAUAUUUGAAAAUGCGAGGGAAACCAAAGAGCCUGACACUCAGCACCUUCAUAGCUGACAUGCUCUUCAGUGUCACGCUGCAGGCUUUCUUCCUCAUACAGGCAACAAUGGCCAGCUCUCUGCCGAUCUAUGGAGUGGGCCAACUAGUCAGCGUCCUACACUUCUGCCUGCUCUACUCUCUCUACACCUUCGAGUACAAGUGGUACAACAUGGGUUUAGAAGUGCACACUCGACUGUCAUUGAUAGAGGUCAACUGGCCCUACUUUGUUGGGUUUGGCCUGCCCAUGGCAUUGGCAACGUCGCUAUCUUCCUCAACUGUGAUAAGUGGCUGCAUCUUCUCCAUCUUGUUCCCGCUCUUCAUCAUCAGUGCCAAUGAUGCUCAGGAGCCUGCACAGCCUUUUGAGUUCCCGUUAAAGCUGUUCACACCCGUAAGAGUCAUCACCAAUGCUGUAUUCCACCGAUCUAUGACCAACAAAACCAGGAACCCAUCUGGUAACCAAGCAACACCCAAAAGGACACCAACCCAUGAUGCCAAACCAUCUAGGUGAUCCUUGACCAUGUCUGCAAGAACGCCAGACAGUGACCUACUUUGAUGACAUGGAAUAAGACAAAACAAUGAACGUCAGGGUCAAAGGGAUGAUGAAGAUCAAGGUCAGAGGGAUGAUGCAGGUCAAGGUCAAUUAUUAGAACAAUGGACAGUGCCAAAUUCACAGAUCAAAUAAAUCUCAAGGAAAAAUGGUGAACAUUUAAAGGACAAAGGAGCUUCGAAGAGUAAAGCAGAAAAUUUAAACUCAUAUAAUACCUUUCCUUCAGUUAUAAUAUUUUGCCAGUAGUGAUGUCUCUUUUUAUGUCUUGCAAUCUGUCUUACACUGUAUACUUUUAAACUUGCUAUAGUGUGGUAGUGCAAAACAAUAUCUAAUAUUUCACAGAAUGUAAAUGUACUCACAGUGAAACGUUCAAGGUGGACCUGACU